GAGAAGAAGCGAAUGUUAGAUGCUCACACUAAAAUGGCCUACAGUUUUUUGCACCACAUUCGCAAGAGUCACCUCGACCGGUUUCACGGUGUUGAAUUGGGAAUCAUUAAACGUGAAGGUCUUGACAAGGAGGAGUUUGAAAAACUUCUCUUAACAGGCUUAGGUACUGUUGAGGACCGUCAAAGGCUGUACCUGAUUGCAUACUUGCUAGACACAGAGGGGGAGUAUGAGUCGCUGCUGCAAAGAUGCGCUUCGGCAUUUGAAGAAGCGCCCUUUCCUGCCCUGGCGUACAUCAAGCACCUACGAAAUUGGUCGUUGAAUGCAGUAAGUUCAACCACGGAAGAGUCAAGUGCUGCGCAGGGCUUUGCUUGGGGUUUGGCUCAGACGUUAGCCAAAAACAUUGCCAACACGCUUGGUGCCAACGCAAAGUCGGAGUUGCCGCUUACGAAACUUGUGGAUGCGCUCUUGCAGGAUCCGACGGCAUCCCCGAAAGGUGGCACCACUACCCGAACCAUGGGUGGGGGCAGUACGCUUCGCGCAAAACUGCUGGAGACUGUCGUUGGGUACGACCCACGGACAAAGAAACCACUUGAUUUGGCGGAUACACACUUUUCGCAGGUGAUUGUUUUUACCAUCGGCGGUGGUUGCGUCGCGGAGUACGAUGACCUCAAAACGUGGGAGGCCGCGCACCCACGAAACGUGGUGAGUUACGGGUGCACUGCUUUGCUGACCGGCAAUAAGGCUCUUCGUCAACUCUCUCUGCUAGGCGAAGGGACAACAUGA